GCUACGUGCUUAAGUAGCUCGCUCGUAAACCAUUGCAUUGCCAGAAGAAGCAAGCAAGCUAGCUAGCUAGAAAAAUGGCGCCGAUUCACAGUAACAGCUCUCGCCGCCUCGACGGCACGGUGCUUGCGCUUCUGCUCGUGCUCGUGGCCGCCACUGCCUUUGUCGGCGCUGCCGCAGCGCGAGGGGACGCGCUGGCCGCCCGGCACGAGCGGUGGAUGGCCAAGUACGGGCGCGCGUACACCGACGCUGCCGAGAAAUUGCACCGGCAGGAGGUGUUCGCGGCCAACGCGCGCCACGUAGACGCUGUCAACCGGGCGGGCAACCGGACGUACACCCUCGGGCUCAACCAGUUCUCCGACCUCACCAACGAAGAGUUCGUGGAGAAGCACCUCGGGUACCGUCACCAGCCGGGCGGGCUCCGUCCCGAGGACACGCCGGUGGCCGCGGUGAACAUGUCCAAGGCUCAGUUCCAGUCCACGCCGGACAGCUUGGACUGGAGGGCCCAGGGCGCCGUCACCCAAGUCAAGAACCAAGCCCCAUGUGGGAGUUGCUGGGCGUUCGCGGCGGUGGCGGCGACCGAGGGGCUCGUACAGAUCGCCACCGGCAACCUCAUCUCCAUGUCAGAGCAGCAGGUGCUCGACUGCACGGGCGACACUAGCACCUGCAAGGGUGGCUCCGUCAUCGCCGCCCUACGUUACGUCGCCGCAAGCGGCGGCCUGCAGCCGGAGGCAGCCUACGCGUAUACCGGCCAGCAGGGCGCGUGCCGCAGCGUCAUGCCAAAUUCGGCCGCCUCCGUUGGCGCCCCCCGCUGGGUGGGCCUGAACGGCGAUGAGGACGCGUUGCGGGAGCUGGCUGCCAGCCAACCGGUGGCCGUGGGCGUGGAGGCGGACCCUGACUUUCAGCACUACAAGAGCGGCGUGUUCGUCGGUAGUUCGUCGUGCGGGCAGAACCUGAACCACGCCGUGACGGUGGUGGGGUACGGGGCGGACGGCGGCGGGCAGGAGUACUGGUUGGUGAAGAACCAGUGGGGGACGGGGUGGGGUGAGGGGGGCUAUAUGCGCCUCACGCGCGGGAACGGCGGAAACUGCGGCAUGGCCACCGUUGCCUACUAUCCGACCGUGGACAGCUCUUAAACACCAGAACUACUACUACAUCAGUCAGUCCAUGCAUCAUCGAGUAUGAUCUAUCAUCUACUGUAUAAGCUACAUACAAUACGAUGCAGCUGCACACUGCAAUACGACGUAUGUACAGAUUUAUUAUAUUUGAAUAAAGCAUGCAUGGAUCCUUGUACAAAGGAUCCAUUUGCCUAUGUAAUAGUAA